AUGGCGGCCUUCAAAAGUACCCCUCUAUACGGCGGGGCUCUCAUCUGCGACCUGCCCACCACCUUUGCCGACGUCAGCCUGCUACGCGAGGUCCCCGACAACCAGGAGGUCUACAUCGACAAGGACGGCUUCACCAGCAUCGUCUUUGACAUCACCGAGCGCGUGGGCGGCAAGGGCAGCGGGCCCGAGAUCGACGGCCGCGCCCUGACGACCCAUCUGGAGGAUGUCGUCGGAGACGAUAUCGACCGGACCAAAGUCUGGAACACCACGCCCACACUAUUCUCGCGACUCGACGAGGACAUCCCCGCAUACACCCUGAUCGCGACACAGGCGCCCAAGCCCAACCCCGAACAGCGCGAGCGCUCCUCGGCCCCCGACUUCACGGCCCUCAUCAUGACGCUGGUGCGCCUGGAGCGCGAGCUGACCGACAUCCUGAUCACCAUCAACGUCCCACACAUCAAGGGCGAGUACAACGAGGAGGACAUUGACUUGGAGCUGGGCAAGCAGGGCAAGCUCAUCGGGGACGCCGUCGACUACGCGGCCAAGAUCUGGGAGACCUUCAAGGUCAAGGAUUGGGGCCUCUUCGCGGAGAUAUAG